CUUCGCGAUCACAUGACAUAUUAAUCUCUGUGUGUCAGAUGUCUGUAACCAUAUAAAGAGAUCAAAGAGAAUAUGCCGACGGUAACGCCAACUUAAAGUAAAUGUCAAUCGAGUCUUUACGCGUACACACACUUACUCAGUCGUCCAAACAAACGUGGCUGCGGACCGUUGAGGGCAACCCCACGAAAUCUUGCGAAGCAAAUCUCGGCGAAGUUGCGCGUGGAAAUUUGGAUUUUGUAUACAGUGUUAUAAAGUCGACAAUCACUUCUGGGCGCACUCGUAUUCGCACCGUUUACACACGCUAGGCGGCAAGCGCUUAUGUGAGAUAGGAGCUCGGCCAAGCUAGAGUAAGGCAGGUGUAAAAGCAUUGCUCCGUAGCUUGAGAGGAAUACGAGAACGCUUGCAUCUACGACAAGAGAUCACAUCAAAAGACUGCGGAAGCCAAAGGCAGUGAAAUAUUACGCGUGAGUGCGUCAGCACACUGCGAGGGGACUAGUUUACCGAAACGACGUGACUGCGAGGUCUUGGCAGUGCGAUUUCACAGCCACGAUACGUCGUACAUCUCGACUCUGCAAGUUCUGCCAACGGAUUUUAACAGUCUCUUUCGUAUUCUUCAACAAUAAAGAAAUCUUUCCAGAUGACUAUGGGAGAGAAUAGCGUAUUUCCUCCGAAUGGUAAGGCCGCCUCAAGGAAGCCGAAAGAAUCUGCUGACAACUCGACUCAUGCACAUAGUUGCGUAGCCCGAUAGCGCUAAUUUUCCUGCAUAGUUACUAUACUCCUACAAACUUUAUAUCCUACUCAAUCUUUACUAUAUAUUUUCGCUUUAUCGUUAUAGGAGGAAAUCCAAACUCGGCCUGUCUAGCUGGAAAUACAGUGGUGAAUAUUUGCACCGGUUGUCAUCAACCGAUCGAAGAUAGAUUCCUUAUGAAAGUCACCGAGGAUCCGUGGCAUGAAAGCUGUCUACAAUGCUGCAUUUGCCACACACAAUUGUCUAGAAAAUGUUUCAGCCGCGAGAGAAAACUCUACUGCAGAACCGACUACGAAAAGUAAGUAGGAUUUUGUAUUUGUCUUGGGGUCGGCGUUUAGUGUUGGUAGAGUGCGUAUGUAUAUUUAAGUCGGUAUACAUUUAUAGACACUUUGCUAUCCCGACCACGACAAACUAUAUCAUCCAUUGUCCACGAGAUCAACUUGCCUUAUUCUAGAACACAAGCGCUCGUGUAAUUAACCAUACCGAAUUCCCACCCAACUCCCAUUAUUGCCAUGCGAAAGCUUUACUAUAGUAAAGAUAACUUAUUAAUUGGGCUAAGCGUGCUGAAUCUCUUGAGUUGGCAAAACGUCAAGGCUAUAUACAGGACUCCGCUGGAACGCUGUGGGUUUUACCAAGCGCUGCAAGAGCAAAUCAUUGAAUGCGCUACAUUGUUAUAUCUCUAUAAUAUACCGUUAGAAAAAAGCUCAAUCUCUGUUCAAUUUAUCAUGCUUCGCGGAGGUUUGCAUUGUUAAAAUUCUCUUUCAUGCCUAGCGGUUUUAUUCAAGCGGUAAUUCGGGAACAAGCGAACGCAAAAACCACAAAUGUUGUCUGGGGAGCAGAAAUCUCUAUUGGAGUUCAGAAACAUGUACACAUAUAAUCUUAUAGGCAUAUACAUCGCUGGCAAAACAAGUACAAAGUUGCGAGAUGAUAAGAAAUUAUACUAUUUACAUAUAUCCUGCUACAAACUAACAUGCAACCUCGUCUGCCUAAAUUUCUUCCGAACGCCAAAGGCAACAACAUUUCUCUGCAUUACUGAAAGUCUUGUUCUUUCAAGUAAAAUUGUACCCCUCAACACAAGAUAUUCGUUACAAUGAGAGCAAUUACUACAAGUACAAAAUUAUAGGCUGCAUGAAUUCGCCCAAAAGAUCACGCGCGAUAAAUGAAGUCGCCAUACGCCUAUACAAGUAUAAACCGUAAUUUUGUCUGGGGUUUUAAUCCAUGCUGUUUUUGCGGCAAAAUAUUAUUCAUAACUUUAUAAAGAUAUCCCCAGUUCAAUGAAUGAAAAUCUUUGUACGUUUUAAAGCGUAUUUCUAGUAUAGUAUUGGCGAUAAACGCGCGCUGCACGCGUCGCUGUGAACAAUCACUUUUACAAUUAUAUACCAAUGCAUUUGAGUUGAGAUCGCGCGCAGUUCUUUCGGAAUUGAUUCGCCUUUUUAAACAUUUUAUGAAGAUAUAUACGAAGGUGAUUUCAAGCCCACGAAAAUUCCAUUGUUGGCGUGGCCUGCUUAGUGUAUAACCAAUAUGCCAUGUUAAGCAAACAGUAUUCAAUGGAGGAGUUUAUCUAGAGGGCAAUAGAUUGCCGGCGACUUGCAUGAAAGAAGAUUAUAGUGUAGAUGAAUUAUACCCGCGAUAUAAAUCAGCGCUAUUUCGCUAAGAGAAGCUUCAGUGUGGGGUAGCUUUCAUUUAAUGAUGUAUAGUUUAGAUAAAAUUGAGUACCGGCGUCUCUUCAGCCACGGAUAUACAUCGUGACUUUUACAAUCUUUAAUUCUGAUCAGUUAAUACCUCAAUUUAAAACACAAAGCUCUCAAGUUUUAGAGAUUAUUGAGCAGCAAUAGCCCUAAGCCGCACGCAGGAUAGUGCUCUUACUUUCAACGGUGUGGUAAAAGGCACGGGAUGUUUAAAUAAUUCGGAAUUUCCGAUCUAUUAUCAAGUUGGCUCCCGGCUUUGAAACGUGCAUGGACAAUUUGGCACUCGGGACGACACGGAAAACGGGGUAAUCAAUCGGUUUAUCAAACAAACAUUAAAAAAUUCCCAGACAGGGACAUUUCUUGCACGAUUUUGCCGAUACUUCGCCCCAAAACUAAAACUGAUUAGUCUGUCGGUACCACGUAUUGUACAAUAUUGAAAUGUUCCGCGUUAUACAAUAGCCAAUAUAUCUUUUCCGUGUUUCUCAGCCGGGCUAUAGAAUAGUGGCAUACUAAAACGACUACGAUUAUGUUAAGGAUUUCAAAGAUUCUCGGCUACAAAAAUAGCAAAUUUGCCUGCACAAUUCAUGUUUAAGUCGAAGCCCACUGUCCAAUAUUGCGUGAUUUUCAAAUGUACAAACACAACUCAAAAUUUUCCGUGCGUUGGACUUUGGUAUAUAUCAUGCGACCAUGAUUUAUAUAUAGUCAUGCAUUAGAGGAUUUUAAAGAUUCUCCCUGAGAAUACUAAAUUUGGCCGCACGUUUGUUGACGUCAAAGCGAAUUGUAUACAAUAUUGUAGUUCCGUGAUCUUCAAAUGCGCAAACACAGCCCAAUAAUCAAUAGAGUUUCCGCCGUGGUUUAAAGCCACGGCUUUAGCAUAAAACUAAUACACUGUUUAAAUAAUCUGUAACAAUUUAUGCUUAAUAUAUACGAACACAUGCAAGAUAUUGCCGGUAGAAAUUGUCAAAUUGAAGAUUUAUAAAACCUUUAAAUAUCGGUUCCGAAUUGUUAAGUCCUUCUACAGUCUCCGGCUUUAAGAGGCAUUGAUGCACUCUCUUUCACGAUUUUAGCAAGAAAACCAUUUUAUGUUUAUAAAAUGAUAUUAUGAAGAACGUGAUGUUUAUAUGGAGAACUAUGACAUUCUAAAAAUUGUAAUAUUGAAAGUGUACAAUACCUUUCUUUUGAGAUGGCAUCCCUGAUUGCCAUAAAUUAUACUGCAUAUGAGCACGUGAAAUCCUUCUGCAUGUCAUAUCGAAGCACGUUAGCUUUAGAGGUCCAUAUAGGCAUUGACUGCAUCGUUUCAGGAGUUUUCCAAGAUAUUGGCAAUGUUUCUAUAAAAAAGGCAACAUUUAUGAGAUUAACAAUAUUCAUUGGCGACUUUGUGUUUUGAGUGAGGGAACCUCCCGACACUGCAAUGUCAAUGGGGGGAAAUUUUCACGAUCGAAGAUGCGUGCACGGAUAGUUUCAGUCCACAUAAAAAUAUCGACAUAUAACUAUAACAUUUAAGUGAAGCCUGGAUUAAGUCUUUACAUGGUUAUUUUUACAAUUUAUUGAACAAGUAUAUAUAGGCUUCCAUUAUAGGGAAUCAUAAUAUAUACUGAUAAUCUCAGGCCUGGCCUUGGUCAAGACAGAAUCCUUUAUUACACAAAUUCGAAUGCUCUUGUUUCGAAUGUAUGUGUUGCUUUUCAAAAAGGGCCGCUAUGUAUAUUUUACCCAUUAAUGUACAUUGUCGAUAAAUUUGUCCCAAAUUCCAUUUAGAAACAUAUGGUUAACAUUAUAUGGACACGUAUAACGAAGCAAAACAUUUGUAAGCCAAACGCAAAAUGCAUGCAUCGAUUGUAUAAGCUGAAAAAAUGUUGGCCCGUCUCACAUGUACAAAUCAACACAGGAUAUUUUUGGUGCAUGUACAUAUAUAAUUUGUUCCGCAGUAUUUUGGACUUCCUAUAUACUGGCAAAGGUUUUUCACAGUGUUGAUUUUGAAGAAAUGUGUGUGAUCCAAAAUAUUCUGUUUCCUUAUUCCGCGGUUAUUAAGACGAUAUACGAGGAUCGUUUACUUUUCAUUCUGUUUAAGUUUAAUAGACUUGUUGGAUUUUCAAAACAAAUUUAAAAUCUGCUCAUAUAUUGAUAUAUAUUUACUCCGUUCUUUGGUAGCGAUUCUGGCAGUUGGCUUGCCUUUCAAGAUGGACGACCUGCAUGGGUUUAAUCGUUGGUCGGACCUCUAAGCUCUAUAUGCUCAAAGUCUUGACAUAACAGAGGAGAACGAUUGAGCUACACCAUUACAUUGACACCAGUAAAUGAUUAGACUUUCGCGUCUUCUCGGAUAAGGACGCUAAAUCGUAUAGCCUAUAAUGCUAUAUAGGUAUGCCUCGGAUCCCCUAUCAAUUUGGCAAUAGCGUAUAUUGGGAAAUCCGCUCAGCAAUGAGUCAGAAACUCGAUAAACUCAAUUGUGAGAUGAAACGCAAAAAGUAAACAUAACACAUAUAGACAAAACUCCUGAAUUUGUUCUAUUCGUUCAUACGAGACUAUAUGAGUACAAUGUCUCUGACUAUACAUUUUUCCAUGUGACUUAUUCAUAACGAAUGAGAAAAAGUGAUUUCUAUAUAUAACAAGGGAAUCGAGAGAAAUUUAUAUACAAAAUUCGACCGACAUCGUGAAAUGAAUACAAUAAUCAAUAUAUGUCAAUGGUAUACAACUUCAAUAAAGGCUCAAUAUAAAUUUAAAAUAUUAUCUUACAUAUAUAAUUAUAUUUAAAAUAUCUAAUAACGCAAUGUCGUGCUUUACGACGCAUAUUAUAUAGGCCUACAUCAACUAAUUCAUAGCAAAAAAUAUUGUUUAAAACACUAUAGCAUCGCUUAUAUGCUUAUAACGAACGCUGACUUUUAUUUUAAUUUACAUAAACAAUAAAUUAAAUUGUAUGACCUUCAUUUAAUACAUCUAAUAUAUACAAAAGCCGACUAUCUCACAAAAUCUAUACGUCUAUUUUAAAAGCAGGAUAUAGUACCAAGCCUUUUUUUAAGUAUUUGAAGAAUUCAAAUAUUUUGAGAAGAGUUUAAUUCGACUAUUUUAUACUGUCAUAUAUGAUAGUAUAGUGAACGCGACUUGUUCCCUUUGCAAUAAGCAGUUAUUAAGAUUUAUAUAUAAUCAAUUCAUAACAAAUUCGCGCGUAGUUCCCGAAGUUUCUAUAAUAAGCGUAGACGAAACAAUUCAAAGCUAAGUUCCCGGCCCCUGGGGAGCUUUUUUUCAUAUAUACUAUAUAGCGUGUGGCAGUUUGGACGAAACGAAAUGAAUUUGAAAGAGCGCUCAUGCAAAUUUAACCUAUUCACGCAGCCGGCAAUUGUAAUGUUUCAAAAAAAUUAACUCUAUCAAUAACUAAAGAUUUGUAACGUUGAGAAUACAAUGUUCUUAAUCAAAUGAAUCCCGGAAUCGAAGUUAUCACAAUCAGAAACAAAUUAAGACCGGAGACAGCUCAAACUAUUCUGCCAUUUUGAAAGCAACAGGGGACGCAUUUGGUCCCUGCAUGCGCAGCGAUAAUUAUACGCCAUCAAUGCUAACCAUUCUGACACGGUUUACUUAAACACUUCAAUGUUAAGUGCUUAACUGUCCCAUUUGUCAGAAUGUAUAGGAACACUGCAGUAAUAUAAAGUUGCAAAUAUAUAUAGUGACAUAAUUAAGCGUCCCAACUUCGAGAGGAUGAUCGAUAGCGUUGCUUUAUUCGUGACAUGCGUUGAAUAGGACAUGCUUCUAAGCUACAAGUGGAAAUUGAUUAAAAGUAAACGAUCAUUUGGCUCGCAUGCAUCAAUGAAUAUAUAUGUAAGCGCAUAGUCUUCGAAGACACCGCUGCAUGAAAAAUGAAAAUGAAAAAUUGAAAAAUUUAAACUAAAGUCAGAUUCAAUCUCCAAACACCUCCAAACAUUGGCCAACAUUAUGGGCCAUUUACGAUUGGCAUUCGAUCUGACGCCACUAAACUAUUCCUCCGAUUUGAACAAGUCUUUGUAAGACAACUCUGUCUUUGUAAGACAAUUCUGUGCUGACUAUUAUAAGGUGGGAUAUGAAGAAUAGGAGAAAACACGAGAAAGCACACAUAUACAGUCUUCUCAACGAAAUUGAGCUUUUUUAUUCAUGAUAAAAGGGAUGUGGAAAUCAUGCUUUACCACUUGGGGUAAGCAUAGGACCUACUACAAGCUGGGGCAAAUGCUACAGUACUCUGGCAAGCAGUUACUGAAAAAAAAAUGCCCUGAAUUAUUGAAAUACGCUCCGAAUAAACUGGAUACAACGGGAAAUAGUGACUAUCUGAUAUACACCGACGCAUUUGAAUAAUUUCAUAUAAAUUUCUGGGAAACGUCUGAAGAUUAUAAACUAACUGAAGAAAAUUCGGUUGGAUUGUAAUAUCAUUCUUAUAUGUCUAAACGCGUUUAAUAUAUAGAAACAGAUUUACUAAACAGCGUCAACAAUAUUUUUUAAACCAAGCCUCAAGAGCGUGCGAUAUAUAUAGGCUAUAUCUGUUAUGAAAUUUUAUUAUUUUAAUAAUUUCAAGACACACUGCUCUAUUGCAGCGAUUAUAUAAUUAUCCUUAUUUUUCAAAUUAAGAACAAAACGAGCAAGCUUGAUAUUAGAAAAUUUAGGGUACUCAUAUUGUCACACUUAGUCAUGUACUGUACAAUAUUUAAUCGUGAAUAACUGAUAAAAUGAACAAAAAAUUAAAUCUCCCUUUUACUGAAUACUAGCAUAUAUGAGGCAGAGUGAUUGGCACUAUCAAAGAUCCUACGAUCAAAAUGUGCGUCGUUUAAGCGUAUAAACAAUGAAAUCCUCUGCGAAGUUCGUAUAAACACAAUUAUCCUUGAGAAUUUUUUGCGUCAAAAUUCGAUCCCAUGCGCGCAUGCAACUGGCCAUGUGUAUGAUUGCAAAGCCAAAGGGCUGCAGAUAUCAGGGAUCUUUGCCUUUAGGCUCUAGAAAGGAGGGAACGUAUAAUUUCACAAUGUUUAAACCUUAUAAAGCGCCCUAAACAUCUGUUCUAAGUUAUAGCGUGAGAAAUAAAAAUUCCAUACAUUUAAAUUACUUCAAUGUGUGCGAGAGUGGAUAUGCAAUAUUGUUGCGCGCGAGCACGCUAUUUCAUAUGCCUUUAAUAAAAAGGCCUGGACUUUUAUGGCCAAAAUAAAUUUAUAAAUUAUAGCGGUUACAUGAAGUUCCUUUCUUAAAAACUUAUCAUCAUAAACGUCUGAAAACUAUCUUAAUAUAUGCAUAAUUUUUUAGCUAAGAUUUUUAUGCGACAAACGGCUUGGCAUUUUCCCAAAAUUUCGGAGCUAAAAAGUCACUCUAAUAUCUUAAGAGGCUAUCUAAUAGUUGCAUAUAACCAUUCGCAAAUUAUGGAAAUGGCUGAGGAUUUUUGAAGAUUUGGCUUUUGCCCAAGUUUGUAAGCUAGAAACACAUCUUAACAAUUGCAUGAAUUCAUGACCUAUAGCCCAGGCCUGCAAUGCCAGUCAAGGUCUGGGACAAGAGGUGAUCUACCUUCCUGCCUCAGACUUUAUCUCUUUUCAAGAAAACAUGCAUAUAUGCCAAAUUAUAUUAGAAUUCGUAAGCAUGUUAUAAGCGUCUCGUCAUAGCUCCUUGGCUGUGCAAAUAAAUUGUAGACACAUCACUUCAAAGCGACUCAAGACUUACAAUCGUUGUUUAGCAACGCACGACGCUCGCGUAUUGGCAAUAAAUUACCCAAACUUAAACACUUGAAUUAUGGAUGACAUCUCUGAAACAUGUAGUAAUUAAAGUCGCAGUAUUGUUAGCGUGUUUUUAGCGCAUGUGCUUUUAACGUCUGUUGCUUGUGUUCAGUUCAGUGUACCCCUAUAUAUAGGGAGUACAGUUCAGAACUGUUAGAGCUAUCCAGUAUAAAUAAAGUCAGUUCAGGUUUUUAGUAACACUGGAUCAAUAAUGGAUAACUCUUGUUGGAUCUCUAUAACUGAUACUUAAGCUAUCCAGCUUAAAUAAAGUUAGUUUAGUAGUGCAACACUGGAUUAAUAGGGGGUGAUCUUUCUGGACCUCUAUGAAGAACAGUUUAUAGAACAGAUAGAGCUGUUCAGUACAAAUCAAGUUUGUUCGGAUAAGUUUCCAUCUGUAUAGUAACACUGAAGCGAUCGACAUUACGACAAAGAGUGUAGGACUGAUAGAGCUAUCCAGUUUAAAGUUACUUCAGUCAAGCUUUCGGUCUCCUCUGACUGUAAUAUAAUAUAGCAACAAAGUGUGUCUUAUACAUAGGAUCUCUAGAGAGAAAAAUGAACAGUAAACAUCUGAUAUAGUGAUAGUAUAAAGUUAGUUUAGUCUAUAGGUUUCCUUUUAACCGAAGUAGUACAGGGUUACCCAUAUCGGACCCCAGGAACAGUAUAUAACGGUUAAAGCUAUCCAGCAUAAUUAUUUUGAAACCGAUCUGCAUUUAUAGACAAGGCAAUGUAUAUGUGUAAGAAAUGCAAGAACAGGGAAAUGCGUGGGACUGUGCGGAGGUUCACCAAAAAUGACUUAUACGUUUAAAUCGCAUUUUCAUAACUUAUACAUCAUUUGCAUCAUGCAAAAAUACUUAGUAGAAAAAUUGCUUCGCAAAACGGUGUAUACACCCGUAUAUGUCUCUUUGUUCAGUUCUGAUAUCAGCCAGUCAACUUGUUGACACAACCGCGAUCACAUAGAUCAACAAAAACUCGCAAUAACAUUUCAUUUCAAGUUGCCGAGCGACUAAUCUUGUCGAACAGCUGAACAAAUGUCGAUAAAAACACUACACUCUGCUAUGACACCGUCUAAAAUAUGCUACUUUGCUCUCAAAGUCAGGAUAUAUAUUUUGUCGCAAAAAUGAGAAAAAUAGCGGAAUCGCUCUUUUCGUAAACUUUUUCAUCUUAAAAACAGCGUGACUGGGCGAUCGGCCUGUCAAUAGUUUCAAAAACGAGCACAUUCUCACGGUGCUAAUUUGCAUUUGCAAAAACGCCUCAUUGUCAUAUACGCGCCGUGCGAAAACCAUCUGCCAUGCCAGAAAUUUUCCACAUGCUCUUGCGAUUAUAUGUUCCCGCGACUCGGGACUUGUUAUAUCGUCAGAUAGGAACCCCUAGUAGUCUUCGAGAUAAGCCGGGUACUUUAUUUUCGGACAAAACAUGAACUCUCCCGACCCGCGAGGCGAUGACUGUUAUUAAUAUAAAUAUAAAAAAUUAAAAUUCCCCCGCAAUUCUGCGAUCUAUAAAGUCAUAAAGUAGCGUUUAUUUUCAUCGGAAAAGGUUGUAAGCGGUCCCAAACUUUUCCCCUAAGAUAUCCAGUAUUGGCGGGGAAUCAAUUUAACUGGCCCUCUGAUCUGAACCAACUUUAUGCAGUUCUAAAAUCGCUAGGAACCCUUUUCUAAGCUAACUUCAUUUAGACUGGAUAGCUCUAUCAAUUCUAAACUGUGCGCUGUCAACCUAGAGGUCUAGUAGAAGGAAACAGUAAUUUGGUAGUCUAGACCACCACGUUCGAGAUAUGUAUAAAAAACUGCUUACAAAAUCUAUCAACGUUGUCUGCAUUUUGCCAUACAUCUUUCAUUAUUUGGAAGUGAAUCGGUCGGCAAUGGCUGGAAAUAUUUUUGUGAAUACUAUUACAUAAUAUAGCUCUCUGUCGGAAAUUACAUGGCUGAGAAAAGGCUGCUUUGUGUGACACAUAAUUUACCGAAUCUUAGAAUCCUAAUUUGAUCAGGAACGCCAUAUAAUUCCAGGAUUCCACAACUUCCGAGUCCACACUUGGAAAUCCGAUGAGUUCAGUGUAUAUUUCGUGCUACAAAAUCGUUAUGUUUAGUUCGACAAGGGAGGAAAAGCGAUUACUAGAUAAGAUUUCGUUCAGGAAAAUGAUAAAAUCACGCUGGCUCCACAGGAUGAGAGGCCAUUAGACAACAAUUGACGACGGGAAAGAAGACUUAAUAGCGCGAUUAGGGCGACACGCCAGCGACGAAUUGUCGCUAUUUUCGUAUCAUAAGUCACCUGGCGUUGGCUUAUUUGGGGCUUAACGCACGGAUUUUGAAUAAAACGAUUUUCUAAGUCCCGCGAGCUUUGUCUUUUCCGGGGAUAAGUUGCGCAGUUGUUGUCAUCGAAGGUUAAUGGCGCAAAUUCAAGGUCUUCUUUGAGCGAUCUAUCACGCCAACAUGACUAAGAGCUGGUGGCCCUCCUAGACUGUAGAACGUUCAUGUGAAUAUAGGGCAGGAAAUUUCCAAAAUAAACCCACCAAAGUUGGCUGGCAAUUCCAGUAGGUUGAUAUCUGGCUGCCACCGGGGUUAUAUUUCUAACGAAAUGCAUGCAAUUCUGAAACUUAGUUUAUAGCCACUUUAAGUUUCCUUCUGUUGUAGCACUGGAUCAAUAGGCGAUGACCUUUAUUGGAUCUGUAGAUGGACGAGCUAUAUAUAUAUCUUCUGUAAAUACAGUUAUUUUAGUUUAUGUUUCUUCCUGUAUAUAGCAACACUAGAACAAUAAGUGAUAGCUCUGGGAAGAACGGUUGAAAACUGAUAAUGAGAGAUCCAGAAAAAAUAGGUUUAUUUAAGUGCGGGUUUUAAGAAAAGUCUGCAAGCUUAUUUCGUAAACUUAAUUUUAUAGGAACGUCAAUAAAUAUGGCUUAAUCCACAGUUAUAACCUAUAUAUAACUUUCAGCGCCCGAGAUAUUAUUCCAGUUAUAUAUCAUCGAGCUAACGGUUGGGGGGCAUGGGUUGGGUUAUCAUGACUUGGCCGAAAUCUAUGCAUGUUAUACAUAUGUAUAUAAUGCGAAUCACAGCAAUCGGUCACUGAAAUCGCGCCUAUCUGAAAACCGUUUAAAAGAUAUCUAUAGCUUCGCAAACAAUGAGGAAUUCGCGAUAAAAACAAGCUAAUCUGAAUAUCAAAGCAAGCCCGCCACACCAAGAUUUACUCUGGGGAAUGACAUGAUAAGAUCUGUGUAAACACCGUCGAUAAGUUUUGAGAGUCGUUUCCAUCGGCGGGCAAACACGGUCAGAACUGCUAAACCACAGUUGGUAAUUCUCUGAGUCAACAGACUGAAGCCUUUUUAAAACACGCCAGUGCGUGUAAGAAGUUUUGGAUAACUUGCUUAUUUGCUUGUUAGAAGGGAUUAGCAUUGCUUGCUUUUCGAUGCUCUUUUCACGGUAAACAUUUCUGUAAAAUCGCGGAGACUCAAAUCCGAGUCUUUGGAAAAGGUUUAUACGUUGUAACACACACUUUUAUCAAAGCCUUUUUCAUCAAAGAAACAUAAGAGGCUGUUUAAAUUAACGGUUCUUGUCAACGUUUGUUGGGAAAUGUUAGUUGAUUAGGGGUGGGGAGUGGGGGUUGUUUAUGGGGGGAAAGGUAGUACCUGGGGCUAGAUCGCACCAAAAAGUUAGUGCAGCUUUCGAAAGUACUUCGAAUUUGCGAAAAUUCGACUUCGCGAAUACGUUGGGUGGAAAUAAAAUGUUGCAUAUAUUAUACGAGCUGCGGUUCUCCGCAGGGCCGCCGAGAGAAUUCACGGGGCCCGGGCAAACCUUCUCUGGGGGCCCCUUGACAUCAUUAUUUUUAAGCUAGUCACCCGACUAUAGACCUUAGCUAGACUGCAUGUGGAGCUACUGGAAGGGGCCCUCAAUUUCAAAAAUGUUCUGACCAAUUUAAAGAACCUAUACUCAUUAAGGUGGGGGCCCAGGGCAAUUUCUCCCCCUGCCCCCCCCCCCUGACGGCCCUGGUUCUCCGUUCAGUGUAACUGUGAGAUCAGUUGCAUUUUCUAUUUUGUGCCUGACUGAAAUUGAAACUGCAAAUAUCUGGCUAACAACGCGCUCCUUGUAUAUAUAUCAUGACUAUAUAUCAUCUAACUUUUUACUUUAAAUGUUUGCAUGGUCAAUGUGACUUAAAUGUUCUCAACUAUAUUAACGAAGUAAAAUCGCCAUACAACUUAAGAAAUGCUGAACUUUCUUACAAGCCUCGUUUUGCCAGAACGAUCGUUUUAUUUCCAUCCAACAGCCGUAGCAUGGAAUGCCUUGCCUUUAACUAUACGACAGUCGAACUCGAAUGAACUGUUUAAGAGUAGUGUGUUUUGUCAUCUAUUUGAGAUGGAACAAUCAUAACGUAACAUCACAUAUAAGCUUCAUAAAACAAUAAUAUAUAUAUCCUCUCUUAACUUAUAGCUUUUGUAUAUUGUAACUAUAUUAUAAUGAUUUAGGUAGCUAUUCUAUUAGGGGAGUUAUUCCCUGUUCUAGCUUUCCUGUAAAAAAAUUUUUUUGUUGCUAAACCUUAAUAAUAAUAAAAAAUAAUAAUAAUGACCGUACAACUGACGUAUGCAGACAAGUACAAAUAAGUAUAAAAGGCGUCGUGCACUUGUCACAUUUCCCCCCACCAACAUUAAAAAGAAGGAACAAAAUGAUAAUUCACUCGAAACAAAAACAUGUCGUCAUGACGAGAAGAAAAUAUCGCAUGAUUGUAUGACAGUGUUCAAACAUUGGAAGAUGACAAAUAAAAGGCAGACAAAAGUAAUAAAAUUGCAUGUGAAUAUUCGAACAAAGCCGUACAAGUUUAAGUAAACAAUCGACCUGCCUGGCGUUGUCGAUGUGCUAACAAGCCGGCUUGUUUCACAAUUUUCGCAAACAAUGAGGCAAUAACGCGGAUAUUCUAAAAUUAAACACGCUUAAACAAGCGCCUUGGAUACGACCUUGGCGGCAAUUAUGAGCGGAUUUUUGCUUGUUUGGCUUUUCAUGUAAAACUGUGUGCUCCUAAAAGACCCAGUAAAAGCCAUUCCUUAUAAAUUGAUUCAAUCACAAUGGAUAGCUCUAACAGUUCUAAACUGUUCUUCUUAGUGAUCUAGUAAGAGCCAUCUAUCAUCUGUGUUGUAAAUUGCUUUUGGAUUAAAAUUAUGUUUUCGCGAGAAGUUCACACUGUUCUGCGCAACAUCAUAUCACAUAUAGCCCAUGACACUCACUACAACAUGUCAGCUACGUACUCCAAUAUGAUGUAAGCGUUCUUAACUCAGCAGUGAGUUCUGUACAACAUCAGAUCACUGUGGGGUAGCUCAUGUCUAAAAAACAUGUACUACCUCUGCAUGAUCUAACCAUGCUUAACUCAGCAGUGAGUUCUGUACAACAUCAGAUCACUGUGGGGUAGCUCAUAUCUAACUUGAAAAACAUGUACUACCUCUGCAUGAUCUAACCAUGCUUAACUCAGCAGUGAGUUCUGUACAACAUCAGAUCACUGUAUAGGGUAUAGCUCGAGGUAUAGCUCAAGUCUAAAAACAUGUAUUACUUUUGCAUGAUCUAACAAUAAUGCUUAACUCAGCAGUGAGUUCUGUGCAACAUAAAGGUCACUGUACUGUAGCUCAAGUCUAAAAACAUGUACUACUUUUGCAUAAUCUAACAAAGCUUAACUCAGCAGUGAGUUCUGUACAACAUCAGAUCACUGUGGGGUAGCUCAAAUCUAAAAAACAUGUACUACCUCUGCAUGAUCUAACCAUGCUUAACUCAGCAGUGAAUUCUGUACAACAUCAGAUCACUGAAUAGGGUAUAGCUCAAGUCUAAAAACAUGUACUACUUUUGCAUAAUCUAACCAUGCUUAACUCACUGCUGAGUACAACAUCAGAUCACUGUGGGGUAGCUUAUAUCUAAAAAACAUGUACUACCUCUGCAUGAUCUAACCAUGCUUAACUCAGCAGUGAGUUCUGUACAACAUCAGAUCACUGAAAAGGGUAUAGCUCAAGUCUAAAAACAUGUAUUACUUUUGCAUGAUCUAACAAUAAUGCUUAACUCAGCAGUGAGUUCUGUGCAACAUUAGGUCACUGUACUGUAGCUCAAAUCUAAAAACAUGUACUACUUUUGCAUAAUCUAACCAUGCUUAACUCAGCAGUGAGUUCUAUACAACAUCAGGUCACUGUAUAGGGUAGCUCAUAGUAUCUAAAAACAUGUACUACCUCUGCAUGAUCUAACCAUGUUUAACUCAGUAGUGAGUUCUGUACAACAUCAGAUCACUGUAGGGUAACUCAAGUCUAAAAAGUCUAAAACCAUGUACUACUUUUGCAUGAUCUAACCAUGCUUAACUCAGCAGUGAGUUCUGUACAACAUCAUAUCACUUUAAGAUAGCCCACAUUCAAGAACACGAACUAGCUCUUCACGAUAUACCCUUGCUUUUCUUGGCAGAUUACUCCAAGGAAACUUAAAUUUAAUUACAAAUAUUCUACGUCUAUAUAAUCUAACCAAAUUCAUGAACCCUGUACGUGUCACUGUCCUUUUUAACAAUCAUAAUUCUUAAGUACAUAAUAACAUUAUUACACCGUAUACCGGUAACCAAUUAAUUUCCUUAUCGCAAUAUACUCAAGUACCUCUCAAGGGCCACUCAAAAUUAUUUAGCCUUAGGAAUCAAACAUGUACAACUCAAAGUCUUAGCCAGGACGUACGAUUUAGGGACUGUUUCGUAAAUUUCAGAGCGUGUGCCUGCCCGGAAUAGCCGAUGCACGCGGUUCCACGUGGUUUCGGCAAACCUUAUAGCCAAGGUUUGUGGCUAUAAAGUACGCCUGAUUUCGGCAACCCUUAUAGCCACUGUUUGUAGCUAUAAAGUACGCCUGUUUUGGGCAUACCUUAUAUAGCCAUGGUUGGUGGCUAUAAAGUACGCCUGUUUUGGGCAUACUUUAUAUAGCCAUGGUUUGUGGCUAUAAAGUACGCCUGUUUUCGGCAUACCUUAUAGCCAAGGUUUUUUUGUGGCUAUAAAGUACACCUGUUUUCGGCAUACCUUAUAGCCAAGGUUUUUUGUGGCUAUAAAGUACACCUGUUUUGGGCAUACCUUAUAGCCAUGGUUUGUGGCUAUAAAGUACGCCUGUUUUCGGCAUACCUUAUAGCCAAGGUUUUUUUGUGGCUAUAAAGUACACCUGUUUUCGGCAUACCUUAUAGCCAAGGUUUUUUUGUGGCUAUAAAGUACACCUGUUUUGGGCAUACCUUAUAGCCAUGGUUUGUGGCUAUAAAGUACGCCUGAUUUCGGCAACCCUUAUAUAGCCAUGGUUUGUGGCUAUAAAGUAAGCCUGUUUUGGCCAUACCUUAUAGCUAUGGUUUGCGGCUAUAAAGUACGCCUGAUUUCGGCAACCCUUACAGCCAAGGUCUGUGGCUAUAAAGUACGCCUGUUUUCGGCAUACCUUUAGCCACUGUUUGUGAUUAUAAAGUACGCCUGUUUUGGGCAUACCUUAUAGCCACGGUUUGUGGCUAUAAAGUGUGCCGGAUUUCGGCGUACCUGGUGGCCAAGGUUUUGUAGCAUUUGGCUAACUUAACUCGACUUAAAAUAUGCUGUAGUUCAGUGGCGUGCUGGCAGGGGGGGCCGGGGGGCCACGGCCCCCCCCCCAGCUGGCAAUUCUUGGGGGGCGCAAAAAUGAAAAUGGGGCGCCGAAUUUUGAAAGUGGGUGGGAAAAAACACAUUCUCGAAAAAAUAUGGUUACUUCCGCCAAGAAAAGACAUACAUGUCCAAUACUCCCGCAUUUCACGACUCGUUACAAGUUGUCACGAGUCGUGAAAUCCAUCGCAAGGUACAAGUCGAUAUAACUCGUCACGAAUUUCGUCACGAGUCGUAAAAACGCAAAAAUAGUACCGGGUAUCAUCUCUUCUGAAUUUACGAACUUGCUUACAUGAAGUUUGCACUGCCUAGUCUUCAUAUGAUGUUGUGCUGAUGUGGUUCACGAAUUUCGUGACGAGUCGUAAAAAGGCAAAAAUAGUAUCGGGUAUCAUAUCUUCUGAAUUUACCUUUCCUGUAUAAUCCCUGCCGUAAUAUAUAUUGAUGCCUGUUCUUCAAAAAUGCAGUCUACAAUUGGCAUUGAGCGAUUGCGCGUAUGCAGUACGUUUGGCAUUGCUAGCUUCACUCUAGCUUCACUGAAGCUUGUAUAUCUUUAUAUUUCCCGAGUGCUCCUUUAUAUAUCGGUUAAACACUUGCAUGUCUGGUGAUAAAAUCCUAAAUAAGCCAUGUCAGUGAAUAUUCUAUACGGUUGUAUAGAAUAUUCAUGCAUCAUACAAUAUAUAUAUAUAUAUUGUGAUCAUGCCUCGUUCUUCAAAAACCACUCUGCAAGUAUACUUUGGCAUUGAGCGAUUGCGCGUAUACAAUUUGGCAUUGCUACUUCACUGAAGCUUGUAUAUCUUUAUAUUUACCGACGAGUCGUAAAAAGGCAAAAAUAGUAUCGGGUAUGAUAUCUUCUGAAUUUACCUUUCCUGUAAGCCAUGCCGUAAUAUAUAUUCAUGCCUGUUCUUCAAAAAUGCAGUCUACAAGUAUACUUAUACUUCGGCAUUUUUUGCUUUAUUGAAUUUGGUAUCUUUAUAUAAAGUCAUAUCAGUGAAUAUUCUAUACGACUGUAUAGAAUAUUCAUGCAUCAAACGAUAUAUAUCUAUAUAUUGUGAUCAUGCCUCGUUCUUCAAAAACCACUCUGCAAGUAUACUUUGGCAUUGAGCGAUUGCGCGUAUACAAUUUGGCAUUGCUAGAUUCACUGAAGCUUGCAUGUAUAACGCCGGAUUGCGCGUAUACAGUUUGGUAUUGCUAGCUUCACUGAAGCUUGUAUAUCUUUAUAUUUACCGAGUGCUUAAACACUUGCAUGCAUGGUGAUAAAAUCCUAAAUAAGCCAUAUCAGUGAAUAUUCUAUACGAUUGUAAAGAAUAUUCAUGCAUCAUACAAUAUAUAUAUAUAUAUAUAUAUAUAUAUAUAUAUAUAUAUAUAUAUAUAUAUAUAUAUAUAUAUAUAUAUAUAUAUAUAUAUAUAUAUAUAUAUAUAUAUUCUGAUCAUGCCUCGUUCUUCAAAAACCACUCUGCAAGUAUACUUUGGCAUUGAGCGAUUGCGCGUAUACAGUUUGCCAUUGCUAGCUUCACUGAAGCUUGCAUGUAUGUCUUUAUCAUUUAACGAGUGCUCCCUUAUAUAUCGGUUAAACACUUGUAUGGUGAUAAAAUCCUAAAUAAGCCAUAUCAGUGAAUAUUCUCAUACGGUUGUAUAGAAUAUUCAUGCAUCAUGAUACAAUAUAUAUAUAUAUUCUCAUCAUGCCUCGUUCUUCAAUGAACCCAGUAUGAAAGUAUACUUUGGCAUUGAGCGAUUGCGCGUAUACAGUUUGGCAUUGCUACUUGCUAGCUUCACUGAAGCUUGCAUGUAUAUCUUUAUAUUUAACGAGUGCUCCCUUAUAUAUCGGUUGAACACUUUCAUGGUGAGAAAAUCCUAAAUAAACGAUAUAAACCUUCACCGACGUCCUUCAUUAAAUAAUGGGCCAGUUACUGAUUAUGUUAGCUUAAAAUGCAUGCAACCAACAUGUAUAGUGUAAAAAACGCGAUAAGCCAGGAAUUUGGUUUAUGGCUAUAUGCAUGCGCGUAUUUUAAUUAAUGACUUAAAGUGCUUUCCAAAUUGAUCCGAAAUAUCCAACUUAUUUGAUUGCUCUUCCUUUUUGACUUUUUUUAUCAUGUUUUCCAAAUUAUCUUGCAAAUUAUUUACCGCAUCGUAUUGCUUUGUGCCAUCAUCACAUGGUGUCUUAAAUUUCACGUACCGCUUCCUUUGUAUGCCCUUCCUGUAUGUUGUCAUUUUUUCAUUUACUUUCGCGUCAACAUUAUACUCAGUUACACCGUGCUUGCCGUAUAUACUCACUUUUUACGAUCAUAUACAAGAUUUCCAACAACUAUAGGUAUUGUGUUGCCACUUGGCUGGCGCACUCUUAAGUCGUCCACGACUCGUGAAACAUUCCUUUUAAGUUGUCACGAGUCGUGAAAUUUCAAGGAUUUAACGAGUCGUACGAAUUUCGUGAAGUUCACCACUUGGCUCGUGCACUCUUAAGUCCUUCACGACUCGUGAAAUAUUCCUCACAAGUUGUCACGAGUCGUGAAAUUUCACGGAUUUAACGAGUCGUACGAAUUUCGUGAGGUUCACCACUUGGCUGGGUGCACUCUUAAGUCCUUCACCACUCGUGAAACAUUCAUUACAAGUUGUAACGAGUCGUGAAAUUUCACGGAUUUAACGAGUCGUACGAAUUUCGUCAGGUUCACCACUUGGCUGGGCGCACUCUUAAGUCCUUCACCACUCGUGAAACAUUCAUUACGAGUUGUAACGAGUCGUGAAAUUUCACGGAUUUAACGAGUCGUACGAAUUUCGUCAGGUUCACCACUUGGCUGGGUGUACUCUUAAGUCCUUCACCACUCGUGAAACAUUCAUUACAAGUUGUAACGAGUCGUGAAAUUUCACGGAUUUAACGAGUCGUACGAAUUUCGUCAGGUUCACCACUUGGCUGGGUGUACUCUUAAGUCCUUCACCACUCGUGAAACAUUCAUUACAAGUUAUCACGAGUCGUGAAAUUUCACGGAUUUAACGAGUCGUACGAAUUUCGUGAAGUUCACCACUUGGCUGGGUGCACUCUUAAGUCCUUCACGACUCGUGAAACAUUCAUUACAAGUUGUAACGAGUCGUGAAAUGCUGCUGUAUUGGACAACCAUCAGAAAAGACGUGUUUAUAGGCUACAGUAUAAAACAGACUAAGCGCAUAGGCGACAUAUGUUAAAUUACAGACUAUUUUGCCUAACCGUAUUUGCUACCUCACAGCUCACACGAAAUCGUUCAUAUAAAAACAUGAUCAGUGAUCACAGGCAAUGUCUCAUUACCGGAAUAUUGGUCAGGUUUCGAUCGAAGCGAUCACGGGAAUUAUGCCCUUUUUUGCUGGUAUUAUGCCCUUAUAAUAUGCCCUUUAUUAUGCUUCACGAAUCACGAGGGCGGCGCAAAUUAGAUAGUUGAAGUUAUGAUAACUGAUGUAAAGUUGUAUACGCAAUUUAUUUGUUUGCACAUGAAGCAUGAGUAAUGUAAGUAAUGAAAUAAUGCUGAAACAUGCCCUUUGGGCAGCCAGGCAAAGAAACCUUAAAAUGCAUAUGCGUGGGGUGCGUGUGUUAUUGUGUAAAAGAGCUUUAAGUUGUAAAUGUGUUCAGAACAGUAGAUCAGUAGAGAACAGAAUUGGGAUUAAAUUAAUCGCUGGAAGUAGUUAGCAUUGCAUAAUUUAAGUACUACUACUAAAUUCUAACCGAUUGCAAAUUUCGACACGUUAUAAUGCCGUUUCCUGACCAUCAGAUUUCUGUCAAACUUUCCCCCAAAGUCCAGGAAAUGGCAUUUCAGAGACUCUAAAUUCAAAAAUUUUCUAGGGGGGCAUGCCCCCGGACCCCCCUAGACAAACCUCGCACCUGCGGCACUCGGCUCGUGCCUCCGGCCCUCGUUUAUCAAGUGUAACAUUAUAGGGGCGCAUAUUGGUUGACAGCCCACUGGCCCCCCAGAAAAAUAGUACCCAGCACGCCACUGCUGUAGUUCCAUGGGCAGACUGCAUUAAGAGCAGUCACCUACUUUUACUCAAGUUUUUUAGUGAAUUAAACUGAUACUCAAGCCAUGGGAUUUUGUGCAAUGUACUAUAUACAGUAUAGCCCAGCCCUUGAAGGGGGUGUGCAUUAAUCACAUUGAUGUAAACUAGCCACCAUUAAGGAAUAUGGUAUUGAAUGCAUAGAAUUCCAAAAAUAUACUAUUCAUGAUAACAAAAAUCAGCAUCAGAAUGUAUGUAUGGUUGGUAUGUGAUCGCACACUGAACUAAUUAUACCAGAGAGGUUUCCUGGGUGUCUGACAAUCUUUACCACGGCUGUUCUGAUAACAGGAGGGUAUAGAAACAGAGAAAACCACACAUUCAGCUUUAUAGAAAAAGACUAAUAGUCGCGCUUUAUGUUAAUUGCGAUAAUUCUUCAACUAAUUGGAAAAUAACUAUGCGCCAUUAUCGUAUUUACUAAGCCAUGCGCGAGCCCACUCAAGUCCUAAUUCAAUAACCAUAAAUCAUAUUUCUGCACGAAUACCAGGCGUCAGGAAGACAAGGGAAUUAUCAACGCAGAUUAUAUAAGAAUGUCAAGCUAUAUACAGUACAUGUAUGUCAGAGAUAAACGACCGUGGAAUUUCACGCAGUUCUGAUACAAGGAGUUGCAUUGUUAUUCUCCAAUUAACCAAAAUUUUGAUCUCAACAAGUCUAGACAAAAUUCCAUCAUAGCAUGAAAGAGCAUCACAAAAUUAGUAAUAUUCCAAAGUUUCGUUUCGAAAUGUUGUAAAAUGCGGAUAAUAUAGCCUUGCGAAGUUUGUAAUUUUCAGUCAUUUUGUAUUACGCACAGAAGUGGUAACCAUUUCCCGUUUGUAAUCUAAAAUGACUGAAAAUUGCAAACUUCGCAAGGCUACAUUAUCCGCAUUUUACAACAUUUUGCAACGAAACAUUGGAGUAUUACUAAUUUUGUGACGCUCUUUCAAGCUGUGAUGAAAUUUUUGUCUAGACUUGUUGAGUUCAAAAUUUUGGUUAAUUGGGGAUUGGUCCAUUGAAGAACAGGAAAUUGAUAGAGACUUGUCUAGAUCAAAAUUUUGUUCAUUAGGUAAUAGGUCCAUUUGAUCAAGCCCGAGGCGAAGCCGAGGACUGGAUGAAAAUGCGAGGAUCUUGAAAUCUAGUCCAAUCCGAAUUGGAGGAUUUGAAAUGACAUCUCAUAUACGAAUAUAUCACUACUUAAAAUGAGGUGAAUUAAUUUGAUCCAGUCCAAGGACUGAAUUAAUUUUGAUCCAGUUCUAGGAUUGGAUCAAUAUACUUCACCACGUAUCCAGUAUUAUCUUUUGAGCAAAUUAAAGCAACACGGUGGUUGCCUAAUUUAACAAUUAUGAGUUCAAGUACAAACAAUUCGAGAAGCGAAACCGUACUUUAUUAUGACUUCGAGAAUUUGCGCACUCUUUCAACAUUUCGUAACCAAAGACGUGAACAAAGAAUCGUAUAUGUGUUGAGUAAUUACAAACAUGCUCUUGGUUAUAUAGAUCAGCGGCUAUGCUUUUGGAAGCCUAGAGCUGAUAUAAAUAUGUAUGCUGCAGGUAUAUGAAUCAAAAAUCUUGAACGGUCUAAUCUCAAACUCAUUAAUAAUUCAUUCAUAUACCUGCAGCAUACAUAUUUAUAUCAGCUCUAGGCUUCCAAAAGCAUAGCCGCUGAUCUAUAUAACCAAGAGCAUGUUUGUAAUUACUCAACACAUAUACGAUUCUUUGUUCACGUCUUUGGUUACGAAAUGUUGAAAGAGUGCGCAAAUUCUCGAAGUCAUAAUAAAGUACGGUUUCGCUUCUCGAAUAGACCUUUCCAUUAUAGACUAAUUUUAAAACUAGGCAAGGAGAUGCAAAUAAAUCACCACAGCUAGAAAGAGCAUAAUAAAAUGAGUAUAUUUGCAAAGUUUGAUUGCGAAAUGUAGUAAAAUGCGGAAAAUAUAGCCUUGCAAAGUUUUCAAAUUUUGUAUACUUUUGUAUUACGUGUGGAAAUUGCUACCAUUUUCGGCCCAAAUGUGCAGGCAGCAAUUUCCGCACGCAAUACAAAAGUAUACAAAAUUUGCGAACUUUGCAAGGCUAUGUUUUCCUCAUUUUACAACAUUUCGCAACCAAACUUUGUAAUUUUACUACUUUUAGCAUGCUCUUUCUAGCUGUGGUGAUUUAUUUACAUCUCCUUGCCUAGUUUUAAAAUUAUAGUCUAUAAUGGGAAUUGCAUGUCUAUUGUUUGUACUUGAACUCAUAAUUGUUAAAUUAGCUUUGAGGAUGAUGAAAGGGGAUAAAAUCAUCAUUAAAUAUUUAUUAGCCAUUGAUAAUAAAAUCAAUAUAAAAAUGUAACAACAGAAAAAAUUAAAUAAAUAACAAAAGAAUGUAAAGUCCUGGCAGAACAGUCACGCUAUUUUCUAGAUUAACAAAAUCGCUAUAGUGUUCCAACUAUUUUUUAACUUAAAUAGAUCGAAUACAUGAUAGUGUUGGGAAAACAUUAAGAAAAGCUAACCAUGCAGGGACACGUGACUGCCAAUUCUCGUGCACUCUCGCAGUCGUCGUGUGAUCUGGGUGGGUUUAACUCAUCAAAUCAAGCACUAUGUCAAUGUGUAAAAAAACUAUAGCUAUUUAUCUCACAACCUGUACUGUAUCACAUCACGUUCAAAGAUCAGAUGGAAUAUAUGUGAAAAGCAUAAUGCGAAAAACACAUCACGUAUAUAUUUUUAUACGAAAUAGUUGAAAUGGUAGCGGCCUUUGCCUCAUUCCCAAGAAUCAUCCUUUUGUAUAAGUAUAUUUGCAUUCAGACAAGACCAAACAGAUUUAUUUUUAAAAGAGUUCUAGUGACGUUCUCCAAAUUUGUGCAACAGCCAAAAAACGGUAUUUUUCGCACAGUAUCUUUGCAAAGGAAUUCAAAGUAUGAAAAUAUUUCGAGGUCAGAACAUGCCGGCGAACAGAUCAAAGCAACGUAGCGACCACAUCUGUUUUGAAGAGACAUAGGAAGUAUUCGAAUGCAAUAUUUGUCUGUCUCUGUUUAGUCUUUGUAUUAAACGAUACCGCAUGAUAAGACAAUCAUUAUGUCAACUAUGGGUGGUAUAUAUAAGAAUGUUGCAGCAAUGUAUCUCGCUAAAACACUCUAGUCAAAAUUUUCCUAUAGUAAACCGAGAAGUAAACCUAACUUAAUAUUCGUAGUUAAAUUUCCUGGUUUGACUUUUCUCUCUAUACUAUAUUCUAGCUUAAUCUUUGCCAAUGUAUACUAUGGGACAAAGCUUGUUCCGGCUAUAGACUAAAUUUUGAUCUAGGCAAGAAGAACAAAAUCUAUCACCACAAAAGAGCAUGUUAAAAUUAGUAUAAUUGCAAAGUUUGGUUGCGAAAUGGUUAAGAUUUGGUUAAGAUUUUACCAAAAUUUUACCAAAAAAAGUCAUUACCAAUUUUUUUUUGACAAUUCACGAAAUUUGAACAAAAAUGAAACUUUUUACCAAGUCUGAUCACACUGAACACAAAUUGACUUUUAUGCGCGUUGAUAAAGGGCAUGCUAAUCGCACUCUCAAACGGUUAGCAGAGCUCAUAACAGGCCCCUAGAGCACGUAUAUACAUUAAUGUAAACUGUAUAGGGAGACACCUUAAUUUGCAUUACGCACGGGAAAAUGCACCACAUUUAAGCCGAAAGUGGUGCAUUAUCCCACGCGUAAUAAUUAAUAAAAAAAUUGGCAAAUUUCGUAGGGCCAUAUUUUCCUCAUUUUACAACAUUUCGCAACCAAAUUUUGCAAUUUUACUCAUUUUAAGAUGCUCUUUCCAGCUAUGGUAAUGGAUUUCAAUCUUCUUGUGUCGAUCAAAAUUUAGUCUAUAGAUGGAAACAUCUAUUCAGUAAAAUUGAAAAGAAAACUCCCCAUGUAAUCAGCCCAGACAGCCCUUAAUAUUAAACUCAAUGAAAUACUAUCAAAGGCGAUUGCCUAACCUCAUUCUAUAUCUCAUCGCUUUGCCAGGUUGUUUGGAACAAAAUGCAAUCGCUGUGGCGAACCAAUCCCGUCCAACGAGCUGGUGAUGAGAACCGCUGGCCAUGUGUAUCACAUCAACUGUUUCGCGUGCGUCGUCUGCGAGUGUCGCUUAGAGAAAGGCCAGGAAUUCGCGCUGAAAGAGAACAAGUUAUACUGUAAAGACCAUUUCACAAAACUUUCGAAUAUCAAUAAUAUCAAACAAGAACGUAAGUGCAUUUAGUUGCCGUGAUCUCUUGGUAAACUGGAACGAUCAAGUCCCAUGAUUGGUUGAAACCAAAUUUGAAGCCAAGCGCGGGAGCCGCCAGGGGUGGGAAAAAUAUUUUACUUUCUGGGACCGCCAAAGCCAAAGGGCAAUAAAAAAUUUUCUGUGAUAAAUCAAGUAAAUCAAUACUUGGACACUGUAACCGUAUAAUACUAUAACAAGUUGUCAAACUGAAUGUCAUGCUAUAUUUUCGCAGAAAAAAAAUUUCAGUGACAGUACACUGAGAAUCUUAAUAAUACUUUUAGGAAUAUGAGAGAACUAAUUCAGAUAACAUCAGGGGUCUGAUCCUGAGGUAAAUUUACAGAUACAAAAGGGGGGGGAUCUUGGGGCAUGCUCCGCCAGAAAAUUUUGAAAACCCAGUGUCUCAGAUUGGCUAAAAAUGCAUUUGCCGUACAACAUUUGUUACAUCAUUCUAUAAUCUAUACAUUUAUACACUAUCAGACUAUCGUACUGUUAAGAUGGACUUAUCAUACCUGCAGUACAGGUAGCAUUCUCUCUAUUGGUUAGAGUUUUCCCUCUGAAUUUAUCCUUUUAUCUAAAUUUUUACAAUUAUAUUUUUCUUUCUUGGGGAAAUGUUUUCUGGGAACUCAAAAUAUUUUCUGGGACCAAUGGUCCCGUGUUCCGAUACUUUUUCCACCCCUGCAUGGGAGCCGCGCGGGAUAAGUGAAUUUUCGAAAAGACUAGGGAGAGUUUCGGGAAAUUCAGUCAAAAAUUUAUUUUUAGCGAAAAUUAGCAAGAAAUUUGAUAUUUUUUAUCAGAACGCUUCAAUUUUAAAAUUGAAACCAAGUACGUUCCGGAAACAUUUUUAUUAAAUUUCAGAUGCUGUUGAAAGUUUUUUUUAGCUUUUUUCCUUGUUGAAAUACAGCUGUUUAGUGCCCGAAAACAGAUGUCUAUUAGAGUUUUAGGCUUCAAAGAUGGCGGUCAAGUUAGCGUUACUAAUUACACAAUACACAACCUGCAUGUUAGACUAAUUUUUUAUCCAGGCAGAAAAAGUAAAUUCCCGUAAAGAACUUGUUAAAAUUAGUAAAAUUGCAAAAUUUGUUUGCGAAAUGUUGUAAAAUACGGAAAAUAUAGCCUUGCGAAGUUUGCAUAUUUUGUAUAUGUUUGUAAAUUGCCAUUUUUUUCCGAAAAUGGUAAUAAUUUGCGCACGUAAUACAAACAUGUACAAAAUUUGCAAACUUUGCAAGGCUAUAUUUACCAAGCUUUACAACAUUUCGCAACCAAAUUUUGCAAUUUUACUAAUUUCAUUAUGUUCUUUUUAGCUGUGGUGUUUGAUUCCCUUCUCUUUACUUAGAUUAAAAUUUAGUCUAACAUGCAAGUUGUCCAUUGAGCUCCAUAGAUAUCUGGAUUGAGAACUCGCUUCCAAAAUUUCCAAAAGAAAAGAAAAAAUGUUUCAUAUGGAGAAUUUUAUCGCACUUAACUGAGAUCCUACCUAGCGCAAGCUGAGAUCUCACUUAGCUGGGCUGGUUCGUGUCUCGUAUAAACACAAACAGUGAGACCAGAUUUUUUCAGCAGUCAUUACCGAACUGUUCUUCAAAUUUUACUAAAUUAAGAAAAAUUUUACCAAAUGUCGGCUUCGCAAAUAAUUACGUCAUAUUAAUGCCAAAAAAUAAUAGUUACGUCAUCAAAGUAGAAAAAAUAUGCCCAAAAAGCUAUCUCGAAAUACUUGUUGCUUUCAUCGUAUUGAAGUUUUUGCUAAUGAUAAGGUUUUAUUUCUUAGGCUUGGCAAUUCUGUUCAUCACUUUGAGCACGUUAUUAAACAAGAAACAUACAUUUUUCCAAAUGAUUGUUAAUAAUUAAAACCUUUAAGAUUUUACCAAAAUUUUACCAAAAAAAGUCAUUACCAAAUUGUUUUUGACAAUUCACGAAAUUUUAACAAAAAUAAAACUUUUUACCAAGUCUGAUCACACUGAACACAAACUGACUUUUACUGUAUACGCGUUGAUAAAGGGCAUGCUAAUCGCACUCAGACGGUUAGCAGAGCUCAUAACAGGCCCCUAGAGCACGUAUAUACAUUUGUAAACUGUAUAGGGAGACACCUUAACCAAAUUAAAACAAUCUUUUCCUCAGGAGAAGAGAAUUCAGACAGCGAAGACCCGGACAGUGAUACGGAUUCUGACGGCAAGAAACCCGCCAAACGACCUCGCACGAUAUUGACAAGUCAACAGAGGAAGAUAUUUAAAUCAUCUUUUGAAGUCAGUUCAAAACCAUGUCGGAAGGUGCGGAUAACAUUUUACUGAGCUUCUUCAGUACACUGUAAAUUUCACGGAGUUCAAUAAACUCCAAAACUGUUUCUCUGUUCCCGUUUUUGGUGACAGAAUAACCAACUCCUGGAAAUUAACAUUUAACAGUGCAACAAUGGACCAUUUGCAUUAUAGAUUAAAUUUUGAUCUAAACAAGUCUAGACAAAAAUUUCAUCACAGCUUGAAAGAGCAUCACAAAAUUAGUAAUAUUCCAAAGUUUCGUUGCGAAAUGUUGUAAAAUGCGGAUAAUAUAGCCUUGCGAAGUUUACCGUUUUUCAGUCAUUUUGUAUUACAAACGGGAAAUUGACAGCCCCAAAGGGUAUUGGGCUGUCAAUUUCCCCCGCGUAAUGCAAAAUGCUGAAAAACGGCAAACUUCGCAAGGCUAUAUUAUCCGCAUUUUACAGCAUUUCGCAACGAAACUUUGGAAUAUUACUAAUUUUGUGAUGCUCUUUCAAGCUAUGAUGUCUAGACUUGUUUAGAUCAAAAUUUAGUCUAUAAUGCAAAUGGUCCAUUCUGUGUUGGGCUUCUCGCGUCGCCCUUGGGAUCAAGUUUAGUUUAGGUUUUCUCCAGGUAAUAAAACUGGAUCAAUUGGGAACGGCCUAUCUAAGACCUCUAGGGAGAACAUGUUAGAACUGAUUGAGUUAUCAAAUAAAAAAUAGAAGUUAGUUCAAUAGACAACUUGAAUGUUAGACAAAUUUUUGAUCUGGCCGAUCUAGACAAAAAAAAAGUAAAUUCCCGAUAAGAAGCCGAAAAUGGUAACAAUUUCCGCUCGUAAUACAAAUAUACUGAAAAUAUGCAAACUUUACAAAGCUAUAUUUUCCAAGCUUUACAACAUUUCGCAACCAAAUUUUGCACUUUUACUAAUUUUAGUAUGUUCUUUUCAGCUGUGGUGUGUGAUUCCCUUUUCUCUGCUUAGAUUAAAAUUUAGUCUAACAUGCAAGUUGUCCAUUAAGUUUAUUUGAAUUAUUUCAGUACAAAUAUAUUGAUCUUCAAAUGUGUCCCUAGGUUCGGGAAGAGUUAUCACGUGAAACUGGUCUUAGCGUACGCGUUGUACAAGUCUGGUUCCAGAAUCAAAGAGCUAAGGUAAAUAUACGAUCGAAGGCCUCGGAAAACAUCAGUUUCUCUUCAAGAAAACAGGAAAGCUUGAAUUGAAUAAAAACGGCGAUAUACGAAAUACCAUUUAUAUUUUGAGUUUUUAAAGAUUACGAUUAGGAGGCAAGGGAAACGUUCUCGUUCUAGUUUCAAACAGCAGGACCGGACAGUGCUGCAUGUAUGCUUAUAAACCUGAGACCAACCCCAAAUUAUGAUUUUUGGUAUGUGUAGUAUUUGUGUCAUUCAAAGAAGGCAUGUAAUAUAUCUUUCUAUUACUAGAACCUUAUCUUGAUCAAAUUCUUCACUGUCAAAACUUCCGGUCCUUAGAUGAAAUUUCGAAGCAAACAAUGAAAUUAUUCAUCAAAUGACACCAAAACCGGCAACUUUGACAUUGAAAACUUUGAUGAAGACGAGUUUUUUUACUAUGAAGAUAUAUUAGAUUUCUUCUCAGGAUUAUUCAAAUAAAUUUCGCAUUUUAAAGGCACCUCAAUAGGGGUGAAAGAUUCAAAACGCCAUUCAAAGCCAAAUGCAUGAACCUGAGAGCAGGUUCAGCACUCAAGUGCCCCACAUUUCUAACUUACCUUCAUACAUUCAUACUAGAUCAAGAAACUGGCUCGAAGGAAUAACCCAGAUUCGGACAAUGCUGCCAGUUGUAGGGUGACGAACAGACAGAGGCCAGGAAAGAAAUCUAAGGAAGAAAAAGGUGGGACACUUUAAGAAGUACAAAACAAACUUUGUAUAGAACGCGAAAACGGAUUGAUUAAAAUCCACGCUCAAAACAGAAUGUGACACGAAAAGCACAUUUCUCUCUUCAAUAAGACAAUAUUCUAGGAGGAAACCUAAACUAAACUAACUUUAUCAAUACUGGAUAGCUCUAUCAGUUCUAAACUGUUCUUACUAGAGGUCCAGUAACGGUAAUCUCUUUUUUCAUCCAGUGUUACUACAGGAGGAAACCUAAACUAAACUAACUUUAUUUAUACUGGAUAGCUCUAUCAGUUCUAAACUGUUCUUCCUAGAGGUCCAGUAACGGUAAUCUCUUUUUUCAUCCAGUGUUACUACAAGAGGAAACCUAAACUAAACUAACUUUAUUUAUACUGGAUAGCUCUAUCAGUUCUAAACUGUUCUCCCUAGAGGUCCAGUACGAGUCAUCUCUUAGACUUAGUGAUCCAGUGUUACUACAGGAGGAAACCUAAACUAAACUAACUUUAUUUAUACUGGAUAACUCUAUUAGUUGUAAACUGUUCUUCCUAGAGAUCCAGUACGAGUCAUCUCUUACUGAUCCAGUGUUACUACAGGAGGAAACCUAAACUAAACAAACUUUAUUUAUACUGAAUCUACUGUAGCUCUAUCAGUUCUAAACUGUUCUUCCUAGAGGUCCAGUACGAGUCAUCACUUACUGAUCCAGUGUUACUACAGGAGGAAACCUAAACUAAACUAACUUUAUUUAUACUGGAUCAAGCUCUAUCAGUUCUAAAGUCUUUUCCAUUAACACUAACUUCUGUAAAUGAGAUAUCCACAACUAAUUACAAAAUUUUCUCAUUACAGACAGCAGCAAAAAGAACUCGAACGGUUGCAACAGUCCUCUAUCCAUGGGUCAACCUGUUACCCUACCAUUACCCCCGAUGUCCCAUUAUACUAACCUAGGUCCCGUCAUAACCCCAGGCCAAUACCCUGGGGCACCCAAUCACAUGGCCCAGAUGAUGGGUUUCCCGUUCCCGCCAAAUAUGAAAGCACUCGAACCUAUACCAGAAAUGUCGUCACCCAUGGAUGGACUUUCGGUCAUGGAGGAUCAGAUGUCCGGUCAGGUACAGUUCUCCGACCCGUCAGAGCUGAAUAGUCUAACGGUGGGAAAUUUGAACACGCAAAACGGACAAAAUCAUUUAGAACUUAUGCAUGACAUGUUGAAUUCGUUUUAGCUAAGCGGAUUGUACAGUAUAGGAUAGAUAUGAGCUAAAUAUUUUAUGAAAUUUGCACCAUAUGCCAGCCCACAUGAUAAAGGCCUUUUGCACAGGACAAAUGUUUUUCUUAUGGAGCAAGAAUUCAGUUAAAUAUUGGGCUUGUGGUUAUUAUAAAUGAUUCUUUAUCAGAAUCUGUAAAAUAUAUAGUAUAUAUAAUGAAUUUGCUUAACCUUUGCUGGGGUGUCUAUGGGUAAAGCGCAUGGACCCAGGCUCUAUUUGCCCGCACCAGUCGCAGGCAAAUAGAGCCUGGGUUUCAUGUGGGUAAAGCUGCAUUUGGGCAAUUCUGCCUGUGGGUCAUUCCAGAAAACAUACACACCUCUCCCAUGGACGAAAUUGGAAGUUACCCCCUUCCCCCUAGUACAUUUUACUGUUCAAAAGUGCCCCCCCCCCCCCAAGACAGUACAACUGUUCUCUGUUGAGGGAGUUUGGAUCUUUUCUGGAACAAUCCAAUACUACCAUGGAAUUGUUUGUUUACAACAAGCACACAGAUUUUAUAGCAUUCAGAAAAUAUUAUAAAUGUAAUUAUUUAUUCGGAAUAGUACUUUUCAAAGGUCGUAAAAUCUUCACAGCAAAAUAAGACAAUUAUACACUCGUAAAAAUUCAAGCUUUUCUUGGCUUCUGAGAUCAGGAAGAUGGUCUUAUUUUGCUGUAAGGACAUUGACUAUAUCUGUAAAAAGCAAACUUGUGGAAAUACUUGUUAAAUACUAGCAAAAUAUUAAAAUUUAAAUAAAUAAAAUGGACAAAAU